AGACAGCUGAUUGAUUUGUGUACAGCAUAAAUAAGGAGAGCAGAGCAGAGAUGAGGCGAUGAAUUAUGCUGCAGCCUCCUGACCAAAUGCAAAUGCAAAUGGAGGAGCGAGGCGGCGUCGGCGCCGUCGCCGUGCUUGUUGGCCUGGUCGUCGCCGUCGUCGUGGCGGUGAUCAGGCGCGGAGCUGCAGCCGGAAGCAGCAAACGCAGCCGGCUGCCCCCGAGCCCCAUGGCCCUGCCCAUCGUCGGCCACCUGCACCUCAUCCGCCCGCCUCCCCACCGCGCCUUCGACCGCAUCCUCGCCCGCCACGGGCCCAUCGUCUACCUCCGCCUCGGCCCCUCCACGCACUGCGUUGUCGUCGGCUCGGCCGACGUCGCGCGCGACUUCCUCAAGUUCGAGGCCAGCAUCCCGGAGCGGCCUCCGACGGCGGUCACGAGGCAGCUGGCGUACGGCGCGGCGGGCUUCGCCUUCGCGCCCUACGGGCCCUACUGGCGCUUCGUGAAGCGGCUGUGCAUGUCUGAGCUGCUGGGCCCGCGCACCGUCGAGCUGCUGCGGCCCGUCCGUGGCGCGGAGCUGGCGGGCGUGCUGCGCGCAGCGCAGGCGGCGGCGGAGCGGGGCGAGGGCGUGGACAUGAGCCAGGAGCUGGUCCGCAUGGCCAACAACGCCAUCAUGAGGAUGGUAGCGAGCGCCCUGCCCGGCGAGAUGGCGGAGGCGGCGAGGGACUGCGCCAAGCAGGUGGCGGAGCUGGUGGGGGCGUUCAACGCGGAGGACUUCGUGGCGCUGUGCCGCGGCUGGGACCUGCAGGGCCUUAGCCGGAGGACGCGCGAGGUGCACGGAAGGUUCGACGCGCUGCUGGAGACCAUGAUCGGGGCCAAGGAGGAGGCCCGGAGGCAGAGCGGCGGCCAGCGGGAGAGCAAGGACCUGCUGGACAUGCUCAUGGACGCGGCGGAGGACGACACCGCCGAGGUGAAGCUCAGCAGGGAGAACAUCAAGGCCUUCGUCCUCGACAUCUUCACCGCCGGGUCUGACACGACGGCCACCACCGUGGAGUGGAUGCUGGCGGAGCUGGUUAACCAUCCGGAGUACAUGGCGAAGCUGCGCGCCGAGCUGGACGCGGUGGUCGGGCGGUCGCGUCUGGUGGGCGAGCAGGACGUGGCGCGGCUACCCUACCUGCAGGCGGUACUCAAGGAGACCUUGCGCCUGCGGCCGCCAGCGGUGUUUGCGCAGCGCGUGACGGUGGAGCCAGUGCAAGUGUGUGGCUACACCAUCCCCACCGACACGCAGGUGUUCUUCAACAUCUUCUCCAUUGGCCGCGACGCCUCGUACUGGGACGAACCGCUCGAGUUCCGGCCGGAGCGCUUCUUGCCCGGCGGCGCCGCCGCCAGCGUGGACCCCAAGGGGCAGCACACGCAGCUGAUGCCGUUCGGUAGCGGCCGCCGCGCCUGCCCCGGCAUGGGCCUCGCCACGCAGGCCGUGCCGGCGUUCCUGGCGGCGCUGGUGCAGUGCUUUGACUGGGCGCCACCGCCGUCGCAGGGGCUGCCGCUGGACAUGGAGGAGGCGCCGGGGCUGGUGUCCGCCCGCAAGCAGCCACUCCUGCUCCUCCCGACCCCGCGCAUCCACCCGCUCCCUUCCUAGCUCAUCCGCGCACACGUCCAUUAUUUUCUUACUGUUACUGCUACGUCCAUUUCUAUACGCUUUGUAACUCAAAUAUUAAUUGUUGAAAAAUUUAUAUAUUAUAUAUAUGCAAACUUCAAUUGUUUUUAAA